AUGGCCGGGGGCUGUGGAGGACUCUGUCCACCACCGUGGAUCCCUGCGCCUGUGCGUUCCUCACCCUCAUCACUCUCCCCUCAGCUCCUGCCAGCUCUGCCGCUCUUUUCGGGAAUGUCCACAGCUCAGGAGAUGCCGUGGGAGUUGCUGGGGACCUUUGACCCUGGAGUCAUCAAAGGUAAUUUGGCUUAUGAGGUGGUUCCAUACGAAGGCUAUGUCACAUGCCUGGCAAUUGUAGUAUUAGUGGGGUCUGCCUCUAUGUUCCCUGUCCUAAUAAUUAUCAUGGAAAAUGACAUCUGGACAGAGCAGGGUACCUUGGCUGAAAGAAACAGUUGGGGUCAGCUGUUGAACCUGCUCAAGAAUUCAGGAGUGGAGUGGGGGCUGAUCUUCCCUGAUGCUAACGGGGAGUACCAGUCGCCCAUUAACCUGAACUCGAGAGAAGCGAAGUAUGACCCCUCGCUGCUGGAAGUGCGUUUGUCGCCGAACUACGUGGUGUGCCGCGACUGCGAAGUCGUCAACGACGGGCAUUCGAUUCAGAUUGCCCUGAAGUCAAAAUCAGUGUUAAUAGGCGGGCCAUUACCUCGAGGACAUGAGUUUGAACUACAUGAUGUUCGAUUUCACUGGGGGAGAGAAAACCAGCGUGGUUCUGAACACACAGUUAAUUUCAAGGCCUUUCCCAUGGAGCUUCAUCUGAUGCACUGGAACUCCACACUGUACAGCAGCAUUGAUGAGGCAGUAGGGAAGAAGCAUGGCAUAGCUAUUAUUGCUCUAUUUGUGCAGAUAGGAAAAGAGCAUGUAGGCCUAAAGGCUGUAACUGAAAUCCUCCAGGACAUCCAGUACAAGGGAAAGUCCAAAACAAUACCCUGUUUUAAUCCCAACUCUUUAUUGCCAGAUCCUCUUCUGCGUGACUACUGGGUGUAUGAGGGUUCUCUGACCAUUCCACCCUGCAGUGAAGGUGUCACCUGGAUAUUAUUUCGCUAUCCUUUGACUGUGUCCCAAGUGCAGAUAGAGGAAUUUCGUAGACUGAGGACACAUGUUAAAGGUGCAGAACUUUUAGAGGGCUGUGAUGGAAUCUUAGGAGAUAACUUCAGACCAACUCAGCCACUUAGCGAUAGAGUUAUCAGGGCUGCAUUUCAGUAGCAGAAGAGGA